CCCUGCCCAGGGCAGGGGGUGGCACUGGGUGGGAUUUAAAGUUCCCUUCCAACCCAAACCGUUCUGUGACUCUAUGAGCUGUCCUGCUGAGAGGUCUUCCACGUACGUCUCACUCGAGGGUCUCUGUGUGUCUGUCCUGCUGCAGGGGGGCCCGGGGGAAUGGCUGCAGCUGGGGGGGCCUGGGGGGACUGAGACCGCCUUUGAGGGACAAUGGGCCCGAGCGGAGCAGCCGCGGAGGAGCCCGGGGAGGACAGAGGGGAACAACGGCGGCGUUUGGUUUCUGGGGAGGCGGAACCGCCGUGCCCGGACCCGCCGUGCCCGGACCCGCCGUGCCGCCCGGGCGCUUUUCGGGUAGGACCGGGAGCGCUGGUAGGUUCCGGGCGCUGAGGAGCGGCCCUGCCAUGGCGGCCCCGCGGCUGGACCCCGAGCUGGCCCGGCAGCUCUUCUUCGAGGGCGCCGCCGUGGUGGUGCUGGGCGUCCCCCAGGGCACCGAAUUCGGCAUCGACUACAGCACCUGGACCGUGGGGCCCCGGUUCCGCGGCGUCAAGAUGAUCCCGCCGGGCCUGCACUUCCUGCACUGCAGCGCGGGGCGGGCGGGCGGCGGGCGGGAGACGGGCCCGCGCACCGGCUUCUUCCUCAGCCUGCAGCGGCGGGAGGUGCGGGUGCUGCGCUGGGACCCCGCCGGGGAGGCGGUGGGGCUGGCGGCGGCGGGGGAGGCCGAGGCCUUCCGGGAGAACCUGCAGGAGAUGGACCCCUUCCUGGGGCCCUACCCCUACGAGACCCUGAAGAAGUGGGUCUCCCUCACCAGCUUCAUCAGCGAAGGGGCCAUGAAGAAGCUGCAGCCGGAGAGCGGGCGGAUCUGCGCCUUCUCGGAGGUGCUGCCGGUGGCGGCCGGGCGGCACACCAGGGACCGGGAGGAGCAGCACCUGCCCCGCUUCGACGCCGGGUGCCGGAGCUACGCCGAGGGCAUGGCGCGCCUGCCCCAGAUGAAGCCGAGGGCCGGCACCGAGAUCAGGUUCACGGAGCUGCCCAAGCAGAUGUACCCCGACGGUGCUACCCCGGAGGAGAUCACCAGGCACAGCAUGGACCUCAGCUACACGCUGGAGAAGGUGAUUGACCAGCGGUACGCCAGCCAGCCCCUGGAUCUGCUCGCUGAGUUGCAGUUUGCUUUCAUCUGCUUCCUGAUCGGGAAUGUGUAUGAUGCGUUUGAGCACUGGAAAAGACUCUUGAACAUCCUGUGCCGAUCUGAAGAUGCCAUCGGGAAGUAUCAAGACCUUUACAUCAAUCUCAUUUCUGUGCUGUAUCACCAGCUCGGUGAAAUCCCAGCUGAUUUUUUUGUGGACAUUAUUUCUCAGGACAACUUUUUAACCAGCACCUUACAGGUGUUCUUUUCCUGCACGUGCAGUGCUGCUGUUGGCGGGACCCUAAGGAAAAAGGCUGAGAAAUUCAAGGCUCACCUAACGAAGAAAUUUAAAUGGGACUUCGAGGCAGAGCCUGAUGACUGCGCUCCUGUAGUGGUAGAACUUCCUGAAGGUGUGCAGGUGGACUGAGCAAAACGGUCGCUUAGGAAUAAAGAACUUUUAAAAAUAACUCUUUGUCCACAUCUUACAAGCUUCCUAAGGUGUGUUUCUGAAGCUGACUCCUCUUUCUGCUCUAGAAGCAGAUGUGGAAAACCCAGAAGGAUUCCGAAAUUUGUGAGGAGACCAGAAAUGUUGGAGUUUGAGUGUUGUCACACAGCGACUUUGGACACCUUGUUUUUCCCCCUAGCUCUUCAGCAACAUCUCCUCAUUCCAUACUUGGCUCACCUCUAGAUCCCUGGUCCCUUCCGUCCUCCUGGGCCAGAGGUGACACCCUGUUUGCAGAGAGUGUUUCACACCUGAAGCUUUUGCUGCUCUGAUUUGGUACCUCCCGAGCGAGGAGCAUAAGCCCACGUGGCUGGUGAUGGCAGCUUUUGCUGGCCCGAGCCCAGGCUGGGAACCAAGUUCUGCUCUUCCCAGGCUCGUGGUACAGGGACAUGACCACAGCUCUUCCAAAACUGUGUGUGCUGCUCAUCACUGUGGUUUAUUGUGAUGGUCUGUUGUGGACGAGGACUCAAAGCCACAGCAAAAUCCCUCCCAUUUCAUACCCUUAGUAAUGAGGUAUUUUAUUCCUCCCAUUCUGUUAAAGCCUUUUGUAUUUACUGCUGACACCCUGUGUCACCUGAUGUAAAAUGAAAGUUAACAGUUUGGUAACAAAAAAUAGAGUUACUGGACAGUAGUCACCCAGACCUUGAAGAAGGUAGCCAGUGUGAGAUAAAAGCUCAGACUUUCGCAUGAACUGGAUCUUCUAUUGUGUUAUAAUUGGAAAUCCUACGUAUUUUCACUGGUGAUAGUCUCUUCCCAUUUCCCAGUCCCCAUUUCCCACAGGUAGGCUGUGAAAGAACUGGUGGUGCCCGUUCGGAGUCUGCGCGGGUUCGUGGUCCUGCCACUCGCUUGUUACUUUCUGGGCUGUUGGACUCCUCCC